AUGCUAAUUUGUUUAUUUUAUUAUGCAUCGGCAGAGGUUACGAGUGUAAACUAUUACAAUUUAAAUGAUACUCUUUUAACAAAAUCAGAUUUUAAAAUACGCAAUUUUAAGUUUAAGAUCAGUGACAAAACAUUCAUUUUUUCUAAUGGCUCAAGAAAUUACAUUAGCGAUCCUUGUGUUUACACGUUAGUUACUAAAAACACGUUUGGUUAUUUAAAGGUCUGUAAUGGUGUUGAAGGGCUUAUUUGUACUUCAAUAGAAUGUUUAGAAAUUAAAUAUGUUAAAAAAAAAGAUCCCUAUCAUUUAGAUGUAGAAACAUACCCUUUAGAUAAGGUUCUAGUUAAGUUUAAUGAUAAUUUUAAAUCUGAAAUAUACACAACUACGCAAUCUUUAAGUUCAGACAACAGAAUUAUUGAAAAUAGAAUACAUAUUAAAAAUAAACGCAUUAUAAAAAUUAGAUUAGCUCUAAUAAAUGAAUACGAUAGAUAUAUUAAAUUAAAAAAUCAUGCAUAUAUUGAAACAUUGCAUUUAUUUAAAGUAGCCAGAAAAAUUAUCAAUAGUUUAAAUUUUGAUAAUUUCUCUCUUGAUAUUGUUAAAACGAGUAUUGUAAAUCGUUCAAAAUCAAAUUUAUUGAUUGACAAUCAAAAAGAUCCUUUAUCUACACUAAAUGCAAAUAUAACAAAAUUAAAAGAUAUCAAUUCAUAUUUGUAUAACAGUGACCUUAUUGUUUUAUUGACUGAUAAUAAAACAAAUGAAAAAGAAGGGAUGAGUUAUUUAAACGGAUUAGGUGAUGUAGAUACUAAAUACAUUAUUAUAAAUUACAACCCAGAUGAUACGCUUUUUUAUAAAGCCAAAGUACUAGUACAUGAGAUUUUACAUACUUUAGGAAGUACUCACGAUUUAGAGAAUAAAGGAUAUUUAAUGGAAAAACGUUUUUUAAACAAAAAAGAUUUGAAGAUUAAGUUGAGUAAAAAAUCUAAAAAAGAGAUAGAAAAAUUUGUAGAAAAAAACAAAGGAUACUUUUUUGGAGACUCAAAAAAAUAA